AUGGACAUGCAGAUCAGCACAACAGCUGGCUUCUGCAUGCGCCAACAGUGCCAUGUCCACGGUCCAGUUGGGGGCCGUGCAGGCGCUCCAUCCCUUCCCUGCUACAGGGAUGAUGGGCGGGCAGCAGCAGAGGCCGUCAGGAGUCACCAGACGCUUGUGAGCCCCUGCCGUCAGAGGACGUGCAGCCAAAGCCCAACCAGGGGUUGCCAUUACGACAGAGAGACCCGGGGCUGCACAGAUCACCGAAGGCAGCGAGAUGCUCAAUACAACGCGGGGCGGCCGGGAGACGGGGCCUCGAGGCCCCAGAGGACGCCCGUGGGGGACGGAGGGAAGUUUUUGAGGACCCUGAGUCUGCAAGCCGCUCUCCAGACCACGCUGAACGGCUCCCAGUCCUGUCCCCAGCUCCACGGCCACCGCCCCGACGCUCCUCCAAGUGACCCCAAGAGACUGCGGGCGCCCCACCUACCGAGCAGUGACCGCGCGACGCUCUCGAGCCCGCGCGCGCAGCCUCCGCACCUCCCGCCGCAGUACGCAGUUGCGAGGGGCGGGACUUCCUCCCCACGUCCCGGAAACCGGAAGAGACUCUUUUUCCGCCGGAAGGAGAGCGGAGCUGCGAAGGUAUAUGAGCUCUUUGAAAGCAGAGUGCUGUCGUUGCCAUGUUCCGAUCAUUCAGAGGUUACGAAGGCACUGUUCCUGCCUUUGAUUUGCUUAACAGUCGAGUGGAGUAGAGGCAGGUCAUUGGUUGCAGUACAGCCUCUUAAGUGUGCCAAAAGAGAUUUAUCAGCAGGUUGCAGGUGAACAUGGCUUUGAGGUAAAUCCAGCCCCUUGUUGAAAUUUAGUUUCAGCAGAUGGUUCAUGGCAUUUUAAGGAAUUUCAGUAUUUUACGAAAAAAACCAAAGUUUUGUUUUGGUUCUGUUCUAGACUUAUUUUUUCUUCUUCUAGAAGAUGAGAAACAUAUUUAAACAAAGGUUCUUCAUGCUGAAUAAUUGUGAUGCAAGGUCAUCUGCCUUGUUUAAAUUAAGUGGAUUUUAAAUGUCAAAACUAAUUCUAGACCAUUUUUUCUUGGUCAAAUAAACUUUUAUUAAAACUUUA